CGAAGAUGAUGCAAGCUGGUGUCUUGUCUGGACCAAUUGACAGGUCAUCGGGUCAGAGGUCAACACCUGGAGGUCCACUGACUCAUGAUCUUAAUGUUCCUUAUGAAGGUACAGAGGAGUACGAGACUCCCACUGCUGAAAUGCUCUUCCCUCCGACACCGUUGCAGACUCCACUUCCAACGCCGCUUCCGGGGACGGCUGAUAACUCAUCCAUGUAUAACAUCCCUACUGGCUCCAGUGAUUAUCCAACUCCUGGAUCUGAGAAUGGAAUCCAUGCUGAUGUCAAAGCAAGACCUAGUCCUUAUAUGCAACCUCCUUCUCCAUGGACAAACCCAAGGCCUGAUGUAAAUGUUGCUUAUGUGGAUGGCCGUGAUGAGCCUGAGAGAGGGAACUCUAGUCAGCAGUUCACGCAGGACCUAUUUGUACCACCUUCCGGCAAACGAAAGCGUGAUGAUUCUUCUUCUGCACAAUAUCAAAAUGGUCGGUCUAUACCACAACAGGAUGGUGCAAGCGAUGAUAUGCCUCAGAUAGACCUUGAGGGUGAUUCAUUCUGCAUAACUUUUGUUAGUGAAAGAAGGGUUCCACGAGAUCUCCUCUGCUCAUCUUCAAAGAUUCCUCAAGCUGAUGGGCCAAUGCCUGACCCUUACGAUGAAAUGUUGUCGACACCAAAUAUAUACAGCUAUCAAGGACCCAGUGAAGACUUAAACGAGGGCAGAACACCUGCUCCAAACGAGAUCCAAGCGAGCACUCCUGUUGCUGCAGCACAAAACGAUAUCAUUGAAGACGAUGAAGAGCUGUUGAAUGAAGAUGAUGAUGACGACGAGUUAGAUGACUUGGAAAGUGGUGAGGAUAUGAACACACAACAUCUGGUUUUGGCUCAGUUUGACAAGGUGACUCGCACUAAGAGCAGGUGGAAGUGCAAUCUGAAAGAUGGGAUCAUGCAUAUUAACGAUAAGGAUAUUCUCUUCAACAAAGCAGCAGGGGAGUUCGACUUCUGAGCUUUUGACAAUAGCAAUGCUUAUGGAGAAGCCACUCUCUCCUUCAGUGUCCAAUGAGGAGAAGAAGAGUGCAGAUUUGGAGAAACAAAGAGAGGUGAAGGCAGAGGAAUAGCUGCUGCGGUUGCAACUGCAUCACAAGACUAAUGCAAGAAGGGAUUCUCUGGAACACUGUCAAGAGUCAGGGAUGUGGACAGUGGCGGAGCCACAUUAUGUUGAGGGGGGUCAGUUGACCCCUAUGACUUUUAUAGAAAAAAAAAAUUUAGCUUAGGUAGAUUGUUUCUUUCUGGAUCAUUUGGUUAAAAUAGCUUACUUUGACCCCCAUGUCACAUGUUUUAAACUUUUCAUUGACCCAUUUAAAAGUUUUGACCCCUAUAAGAGAGUGUGCUGGCUCCGCCACUGGAUGUGGAUGCUUGGCUCUGCAGUCUAGUCAGUGGUAAUCUUGAGGACUCGCUCUUCCCAAACAUGUUCACACUGUUCUCUAUGAGUCUUGAGCCAAUGAGUAUACGUAUACAAGUAUAAACCGAGAGAGAGAGAUAUGGAGGAAGGAAAGUGAUGUGAAGAGAAGAAAAAUAAAAGAUAUAAGAUCAGUUGAGGUGUAACAUGUGAGGGAAAACAGAGUUGUGUCUUUGGGCAUCUUUUAGUUUGGACAAAAAGGCCCAAGAUAAGCUCAACUUCUUUGUUGUUAGUUUGCGUCGUUGUUCUGUUAACUACAACGUCCCAACCACCUGGUCUUUGUU